CUGAUGGUAAAAUAUCACCGCAGCGUUUACGAUUGAAUCCACGCACGGCUUUGCACCGGUUAUUGUUCCACUGCACUCAUAAUUAAUAGGUAAAUAUUAGAACGAGACAGAUAAACACACACGCACUAGAAGUACUCAACGUUCGUGAUUAUGAGAAGGUACAAUUUCUUUCUUUGUCAGGAGUACCCAACGAAUUCCCGGUAAAACCGUACCGCGAACGGUCGUAGUCGUGACUCUUUGUGUAAACUGGUUUAAGUUUAUGAAGGUCUUUCAGCUCAGCAGCUCAUUCGACGUCUUUAGUUUAUUAAACAUGGACCGUUAUGGUGGUGGGCCUGCGAGUGGGAUAUUUCAUGUCGCUCUUCCAAAUCUGCAUCUCAAAAGUAGACUGUGUUGAGCUGGUUGACGCUUUUCCAUGGAUUAUUUUUUACAAAACUAUAAAUAAUUUAGGGUAUAGUAUAUUUCUAAGGGUAUAUACUCGAUUUUUUCUAAAAUAUCUCUCUAAUAUGUGUAAGAUGGGCCUCUAAACCCGAUAUUGAAUCAAGAAGUUCUUCAUAUACCACCUGGUUUAGCUACAAAAACAAUUUUUUGUUGUUAAGCUCCGUGUCCACUUGCAAGUAACUUGUGAUAGUUUUUGCAGCAAGUACUUGCUUGUUUGUCUACAGUAUUUUUUUAUUGUUCGCAAAUUUAAUCUAGGAAAUUGCUCUUGCAAUUUCACUUGGUCUUGAUUGCUCUGAUUCCGUGUACACUAUAGAUGUUUACAAAAUGUCGUCGUAUGCAAAAUCUGUAGCUGCUGCGGUAGUUCUGAUAUAUUUAAUUAAUGAAAAGAAACAAAAACAAGAGAAAGAUAUUAAAAGGCAAAGAACAUUUUGGGUGAGAAAGUGGAUUCAGCGUAUAACUACUCUAGGAAUACAUGAAAAGUUGCUUACUGAAUUGAGAAAUGAAGAUCCGAUGCAACUUAAAAAUUUUUUGCGAAUGUCGGCAGAAGAUUUUGAUUUUUUGCUUAAUUUAGUGAGAAACAAAAUAAGCAGGAAGAAUACAAAAAUGCGACAGGUGAUCAGUCCGGAGGAACGUUUGUCCUUAACACUUCGUUUUUUGGCAACAGGUGACUCCUAUCAUUCUCUUAUGUACUUCUAUCGAAUUCCUGUAAGUACAAUCGCAAGGAUUGUUUCCCAAUGUUGUGCGGCAAUUCACGAGGUGCUACAAAAGGAAUAUUUAAAGGAUUAUCAAGAAGCAUUAGAAUGAAGUGAGACACCUGUGUUUUGCAACACACAACAUCA